AUAUCGAGAUACCUCGAUAAGAAGAAACAAUUGGAGAAUAAUAAAAACAAUUUAAUAAAGAAAAUGCUACUAUAUUGUCAUUAUAAUAUAUUAUUAAACUAUACAGAUUUUUCUAACAAUCUACUAACGUGUCCUCGGGAUGAUUUCACGAACCUAAUCAACCGAUCGACUUGAAAUUUUGGUUUUAUGCAAACACUUAAUUUUGAGUAGAGUAGGAAUAGUAGUAUUGUUUUUUUGGUAUAUUAAAACCUAUAUUUAAUCAGUUGUAGUCUAAAAAGUGUGAAUUCUACGAAGGCUAAUUUCAUUCUAAACAUGUGGACACACCGAUGUUUCAUUUCUUACCUUUCCAUUGUUUUGAAGAAAUGGAAGGAAAAGGCUUCGAAAAAAGUUUAUAGUUUUACUUCGUUUAAUUGUUAUCAUAUCUGUUGCUAAAUAAUAGGCAUAAAUAUUCCUUUUUCUCGUUAAUUACGAUGAUAACACGCGGCUCACAGCAAGUAUCAAUCACUAGUAGCUCUAGAGAGCAUACAAUAGAGGUUAAGGAAUUUUCUAUUCGGCGAUCACCUAGGUUUCUUCCAUCGCAUUUGAAGGAAACAAGUGAAAAGGAGUCUACUUAUGUAGAAAAAGAACCUGAUAUCAGUCUUUUACCACCAAUUGUGUUCAAAGGAUGUAUUAAUUAUAUCAAAGAUUUUAAUGCUUGUGCUAGCAUCUGUGAUGAUAUAAUAAAAGAUGUGGAAAAUUGUGACAAUGAAAUAGUACCAAUAGGAUUUGAUUUGGAGUGGCCUUUUAGUUUCCAAACAGGAAGUGGGAAAACUGCCUUAGCACAAAUUUGUUUGAAUAAGAAUAUUUGUCAUUUGUUGCAUAUAUAUUCAUUAAAAAAAUUACCUGCUGCAUUUGUAAUUCUGUUAAGUCAUCCAAAAGUAAAACUUGUUGGAGUCAAUAUAAAAAAUGAUGUUUGGAAACUUGGUAGAGAUUUUAAAGAAUUCCCAGCUCAGAAGGUUGUAGAAAAUAAUUGCUUAGACAGUGGUACAUUUGCAAACAAAGUACUAAAUCGAUCUUGUCGCUGGAGUUUGGAAAAGCUAACAGCAUAUCUGUUGCAAAAAAGAAUUGACAAAAAUAAAAAAGUUAGAAUGAGUAAGUGGCAUAUUCAUCCCCUAAGCGAAGAGCAAAAGAAUUAUGCUGCAACAGACGCCUAUGUCUCAUGGCUUUUACAUACUACUAUACAAGAAAAAGCUGAUAACAAAAAGACUGAAGAAAAAGAAGUAGAUUUAUAA